GAUAAAAUUUUGAAGUGCGUAAAUGGCAGCGGCAAAAUCCAAGAUGGCGGCCAACCCUGCCCGGACUCGCGAGUGAAAGGCCGUACCGUUUCUUCUUCCUUUUCCAUCCCUGUUGGCAUUUGUGGCACAGAUCUGUUGAUUGUUGCAAAGUCUGGUCAAUGAAGCAUAUCGUCAUUAUUCCGGGGAAUGGAGCAGGCGAUGUCACGGCGGCCAACUGGUAUGGCUGGGCCAAAAGAAAAUUGGAUGGCGUUGAUGACGUGAAAUGUGACUUGCGGAAUAUGCCGGACCCGGUUGUUGCUAGAGAAUCAGUCUGGAUUCCUUUUAUGAGAGAUGAGAUGAAAUGUGGCGAGGACACUGUAAUUAUCGGCCAUAGCUCUGGUGCCGAAGCUGCUAUGAGAUUUGCGGAACGGUAUAAAGUUAAGGGAAUCGUUGUCGUCUCGGCAUGUGUUACAGACCUUGGUGAUGAAAAUGAGAGAGCCAGCGGGUAUUACAGCAGACCAUGGAACUGGGACAGCAUAAAGGCAAAUGCGGACUGGCGGGUACAAUUCGGGUCAACAGAUGAUCCGUUCAUACCCUGGUCUGAACAGCAACAGGUAGCAAACGGCAUGACAUCAGAACUUUACAAGUUCGACAACAAAGGUCAUUUCAUGAACAGUUCUUUCCCGAAACUUAUUGAAGUAAUCAAACAAAAACUUAAGUAAAAUUUCUAUCAAAGAUA